AUGGGUGCUACAGAGUCAACCAAGUCAACGGAGUCAACCAAGCCAACGGAGUCAACCAAGCCAACGGAGUCAAACCUGUCACUGCCUUCGGCCGUCUACCUGGACGGAUGGAACAUCUUUCAGGCUGUGCUGGAAGACCUCCAGCUGCAGCGUGGCUUUGGCUCCGCCACCCAGAUUUUGCUUUCAGGCAGUUCGGCUGGCGGGCAGGCCACGGCAAACCUCUGUGAUUGGCUGGCCUCUUCUUUCCCAUCGGCUUCCACCCGGUGCCUCGUGGACUCUGGCUUCUUCCUGGACACAAAGGAUCGAUCUUCAAAGCGCACGUUUCGUGCCUUGGCACAAAAUUUGACCUGGCUGCAUCGUCCGUUCAACCCUACCUGCUCCCAUGCCACCAGGCAGUGCGAGCAAUGGAAAUGCUUUUUCCUUGAGCACACCCUUGUCGACAUCUCCACUCCAAUCUUCCUCUUCCAAACCCCCUUUGACUACGCCGCUGCCAUGAUUGUUCUCCCACCCAGCCGUCGCUCUUGCUCCUAUCCCGCCGUAUCCUCUCCCUCACUACCCACCUUCACCUCUCCUAUUCACCUCACAGUCACUCAGCCCCACCCCGCGAUCUCCUCUUCCUUACCUCCCCUCCGUCGCCUCUCCCUCCUCCCCAAUGCCGCCUCUCCCUCCUCCCCGUCGUCGCCUCUCCCUCCUCCCCGCCGUCGCCUCUCCCUCCUCCCCGCCGUCGCCUCUCCCUCCUCCCCGCCGUCGCCUCUCCCUCCUCCCCGCCGUCGCCUCUCCCUCCUCCCCGCCGUCGCCUCUCCCUCCUCCCUGCUGUCGCCUCUCCCUCCUCCCCGCCGUCGCCGCUCCAUCCUCCCCGCCGUCGCCGCUCCUUCCUCCCCGCCGUCGCCUCUCCCUCCUCCCCGCCGUCGCCUCUCCCUCCUCCCCGCCGUCGCCUCUCCCUCCUCCCCGCCGUCGCCUCUCCCUCCUCCCCGCCGUCGCCUCUCCCCCCUCCCCGCCGUCGCCUCUCCCUCCUCCCCGCCGUCGCCUCUCCCCCCUUCCCGCCGUCGCCUCUCCCUCCUCCCCGCCGUCGCCUCUCCCCCCUCCCCGCCGUCGCCUCUCCCCCCUCCCCGCCGUCGCCUCUCCCUCCUCCCCGCCGUCGCCUCUCCCUCCUCCCCGCCGUCGCCUCUCCCUCCUCCCCGCCGUCGCCUCUCCCUCCUCCCCGCCGUCGCCUCUCCCUCCUCCCCGCCGUCGCCGCUCCCUCCUCCCCGCCGUCGCCGCUCCUUCCUCCCCGCCGUCGCCGCUCCUUCCUCCCCGCCGUCGCCUCUCCCUCCUCCCCGCCGUCCCCUCUCCCUCCACGCGGUUGCCUCUCCCUCCUCCCCGCUGUCGCUGCUCCCCCCUGAGAGCCCGCUUCCCUUCCCCGCCAUGUCGGCCGCCACGAAACUCGGCGAAGUGACGCCGACUUCGCAGGACUUCCCUCUGUAUCUCGACCUGGGCAGUGGACUGACUGCCAAGCUCGACGAACACGACUACGCCGUCCUCGUAGACCAUAGGCUAGAGUUCAACGCCCGUUGCUUGGGAUUCGGCCUCAAGUACGCAUGGAUUCGCGCGGCGCCGGCCAACAUGCGAUUGUGGUCGAUAGGACUCGGCCGGCUUCGGGCGGCGAUGGGCAAGGAAGACCACUCAUGCUUUGCAACGGUGUUCGACGCCGACGUAGCUGUUAUCCCUCUGCAUUCGAGGUUUUUCCGGGCGGCGGUGCUGGCCGAGCUCGGCCGCGAUGGCCGGCACUGGGAGUGGCCGAAGCCUUCUGCUGAAGAGGUGGCGGCCAGGCUCGCCGACUUCAAUGAACCCGUUCGAGAUAAAAUGCGCGACACCGUCCGGGACGGCGACGCAGGCUCUGGCCUCCUCUCAAUGAGCGCGCUGUGCUGGGUGGUGAAGAGGAUGGAUCGCCUGACCGGCGACGACCGUCGCAGUGCGACCAGCAUGGACAAGGUCCUCGUUUCGGGGUUGAAGGAGCUGCGGAUUCGGAUGAUGACAAACAUCAAGGAACACGUCGCACGCAGACGGUCAGGCCAUGUCGGAGUUGGUGCCGAUGCCUGUGAAGACGACGCCGCGGAGCCCCCUUCGGCAUCCCAAGCAGUCGGUGUCGCCGACACAAGCGGAGAGGCCGGAGACGGCGUCGACAAGGCAGAUGAGGAGGCAGAGAGGGCUGUGGCGAGGACCGCGGAUCAGGAAAAGGAGGAGGAGGAGGAUGACACCGACGAUCAGGAUGAUAACGAGGAGGAUCGUGAGGAGCGUGAGCAGGGGCAUGGGCAGGAGGAGGAGGAGGAGGAGGAGGAGGAGGAGGAGGAGGAGGAGGAGGAGGAGGAGGAGGAGGAGGAGGAGGAGGAGGAGGAGGACGACGAGGAGGAGGAGGAGGAGGAUGAUGAGGAGGAGGAGGAGGACAAGGAGGCGGCGGCGGCGGAGGCCGUGGAGCAGGGUUUCGGGUCGGUGGAGCAGGUGGCGGAGGGGGAGAAGCAGCAAGAGGGGGAGGAGGAGGUAGAGUUCCCCUGGGUCGAAUUCGAGAUGGAGGAUGUUGAGGGAGCGGCGGCGGUGGCCGUGGAGGGAGCGGCGGCGGCCGUGGAGGGAACGGGCGGGAUGUCGGCGGAUGUUGUGUACGUGCGAGGGGAGGGUGCCGAUGUGGAGAAUGUCGGCGUGGAGGAGGCGCACGUGGUCGGCAAUGUGGUUGGCGACGCGAAGGAGGAGGAUAACGUCGCGUCCCCGACGCCGACGGGCGUGGAGACCACCACAGGGAACGCAGGGGUGGAACGCCGGGGUGGAGCGGUAGAGGCGGGCCGUCAACCGGGUUCCUCAGCAGCUGGUCGGCAGGCAACGCCGGCCGUCGUCGCGCAGCUGCGACAGGAGAACAUGUGGCUGAGGGCUGAAAAUGCUCGUCUCGAGACGGCGCUCGGAGUGGAGAGGGGUCGGGUGGACAGGUUCGCGAUGGGGAUUGGCCACCUCGUGGACAAGCUCAGGUCGUUGGCCGACCAGGUCGCCGCCUCCGACCAGGACGCGUCGAGUCGGCUGAUGGACGCGUCCUUGACCAUGGCGACGACCGUGACGGAGAACAUCACUGCCAACAUGGGUGAAGCAUGGGAGGCGAUGAAGGCGUACGCCGAGAGGGCGGAGAGCUGGUUGGACGAUCUAGAGAAUCCGGAGGGGGUUAUGGCGGUGCAACGUGCGAACGCGGUCGUCGCCCUGGGCAACCACGUGGACGAAGCGAGGAAGGGAUUGGAGGAAUACAUAUCGAAGCACCUAGUCGCCGCGCAGACCAACAUCACCGCCGCCGUAACUCAACGCGUCGCCGUCCCGCCGCCCACGCAGCCCGCCCCACCGCCAGCCUUCCCGGACGAGCUCAUGAAGUCUUUCAAGGCGGACGUGUUGAAGGCGGUGACUGAGGCCACCCAGCAGUCGUUUGCUGCGUCCGGGUUAAACCUCAUGACCCAGGUGAUCGGCCAUCUGGCGCCUGGUCGGCAUGGGUCGUCGCCGUCGGACAACGAGGCCGACAAGAAGGGUGCGAAAAGGGCGGGCGGCGGAGAUGAUGCGUUGAGCUCGAAGCGGAGCAAGGGAGCCGAUGGGAGCCGCGGCGUCGGCCAGGUGGCUCCAGGCGGCUCGCGGAGCAAGGGAGCCGAUGGGAGCGGAGGUACGAGCGUGGUCGACCAGCUGAAGAAGAACGGGGCCAAGGUGAUAAGGACGCACAGCAAGGGCGAUGGAAUCAGGAGUGCGGAGGGGGGCCCUGCCGACCAGGUUGCCGCUCAAGAGGCUGACCAGCAGCCCCGCCAUUGCGCGCCGGUCGCCGCGUCAGCCGCCAACAACGAUGGGCCGUCCCUUGCGGCUACUCCAGCACCAGCAGGCACGUCUGCCGCCAAGGUUGACGCGGUGGAUGCUGCGGCUAACCGCGCUGGUCCGUCCGCCCCAAAGGCGAACGCGCUCAGGGAGAUGCUCAGCCGCAUGGAGACCCAUCGACAGGACGUGCAGCAGCCUCCCGUGGUCGGCACCGCGCCGGCCACAACAGCACGUCGCUCGGUCACUCCCCAGGUCGCUGCCACAACGUCCGGUGCCCCACCUACCGCGCCUAUCAUCGCCGCCCGUCCUCCUGUGGACCCAAAGUCCGCGUUGCUUCGCGCCCAGUUAGGCGUACGUACUGCGGCUGCGCCGGCACGGGCUCAGCCGGUAUCCAGCUCAUGCGCGACGCCGACGUCGGUGACCGUAGCUGCACACACACUCGGUGCGGCUACUAUCGAGGCGGUGGCGGAGAAGGGCGUGAGUGCAGCGCUAGCCACGGGCGGCAGAUCAGUUGACCCUGCACAGGCGGCGAAGGACCACAACGACGCCGAUAUCGCUGCCAUCCAGGACCUGUUGGAAGCGGUAAACCGCCCCAAGCAGCCCCCUGUGCUGGCCAUCUUGGACUCGGCGAGUCCCACCGGCUGUACAGCGGAGCCAAAGACGACCACUGCUGCGGUCGGCGCGGGAAAGUCGAAACGGAAGGGGACGGUCGACGCAGGGAAAGCGAGGCUGAGCUCGAAGAAGAAAACACGGGCGACGUCGGCGAUGGUGAAGUCGGUGCAGAAAGGACAGGGGAUGGCGACGGCGAUGGUGGAGAAGGAGAAGAAGGAGGAGGAGAAGGAGGAGGAGGAGAAGAAGGAGAAGGAGAAGGAGAAGGAGAAGGAGAAGGAGAAGGAGAAGGAGAAGGAGAAGGAGAAGGAGAAGGAGACGGAGGAGGAGAAGGAGGAGGAGGAGGAGGAGGAGGAGGAGGAGGAGAAGGAGAAGGAGAAGGAGGAGGAGGAGAAGGUGGAGGAGGCGGAGGAGAAGAAGCUGGAGGAGGAGGAGGCGGCGACGGAGGAGGAGAAGGUGAAGGUGAAAGAACGGAAGGGUCAUGGCAUCCGCCACGACUCGACGGGCGACAAGCAAGGGUGGGUGGGCGAGAUCAAGGUGGUCGGGAACGAGAGCAGAUACAUCGGCAAGUCCCGCGACAAGAUGGAGCUGGCGUACCUUCACUCCAUUGUGUACCUCCUGUACGACGGUUUCGUCAGCAAGAUCCUCAUGGCCGAGCUCACCGGCCUGGAGGAAACAGUGAUGAAGCAGUGGAGGGCGGUGUGGAAGGAAGUCCGGUUCUUGCCGACUGGGAUGUGGACGGUGAUCUGGGCAAGGGGCGCGUUCCUCCCAAGGACACGGUUCGACGACAUCCUCGGGAAGUAUAGAGCGUACAAGACAUCAGGCGAUGCGCACCACGACGCGCUUUUGCCCGCGAUCUGGUUCCCCGUCGAUGCCGACGGGAAGUCGGAUGCAAUGAUGUCGGCCAUGCUUGAUCGCGUGUCCUUGUGCGCGGCGUAUGGGGAGGUCGCUGCAUCCGCGGCGAGAAUGGAGGGCGACACGGAUCAGAAGACGGCGAAGGUCGCACAGGCGCUGUCGGCCUCAGCUUGCGCACUGUGGUGCUUAGUCGAGGGCGACGGCGCCCAGGUGGCUGAUGCCGUCCGCGAAGGGAAGGCGGCGGCGAUGUUGGUCGGCGCCAGCGAGACUACCGCCGCCGAGUUCAAGAAGGUCAUGACGGCGGUGCUGGAGGCCGCGAUCAGCAGGCAGCAACCCCUUGGGGAGGUUGCGCACAACGUCGCACCGGCGCUGGAGUCCACCGCUCUGGCCAAAGCCUAUCCGGGGUUGGAUGUUGAAGCCGAGGCCAAACUGAUCGCACGAGCGACGGUGGAAACCCUCGCGUUCUGGGGAAUGUGCCCCGUGGAUGGGCCGAAACUCAGGAAGAUCGGCAUCGCGGUGCCGCUUGACGCGCAGAUGGAGUACGACAUCGAACACAGGGGGAGGAAGAGGCCGAGGGGCAAGCAGGGCAAGGACAGCUCGGGGAAGAAGGGGAAGAAGGGCAGAGCGGGCAAGGACAGCACGGCGGCGUAG